GAAAAUAGUACGGUGAGGCUGAGGGCAGCUGAAUAAUUCACUUAGAAGGGCAUCAUGGCCGAUGGUGAAGUUUCGCUUGCCGUAUUGCUCGGAAAUUUAUCUCAUACAAGGUCGUCCUCGGAACGAAGAGACGAUUUGAUCGCUGUUUCGAUAUGGCUUGUGAUGCUGAGCUACGCUCUAAUAUCAAAUGUUUUGAUCCUUGUCGGGAUUGCUCGAAGUUCCACGAUGAGAACUGCCACCAGCUACUGGUUUAUAAUUUCUCUUGCCAUAUGCGAUAUUGUCAUGGUCGUUAUAUCGCUAAUACAUUUGGUGCCAGCAACGGCAUUUCAUGAUGCCUAUUUGGAAUUUUAUUCGCUUAGAAAUAUUCUUAUGAUAUUCUUUUAUGAUCUAUUUUGGUAUACGGGAGUUGUACAACUUGGUCUGAUGGCUGGCAAUCGAUUUGUCUCCAUUGUCUACCCGAUGGAAUACAAAAACAUGUUCUCAAGAAGGAGAACAUUGUAUUUAAUAGUUUUUGGAUAUGCACUUGGGUUUCUCGUCUCUCUGCCCACAUUAUUUCCAUGUUGUCACACUUUAUGGAAUUCUGACUACUAUAUCACAGUUUAUCAACCCAUGGAUACUUGGUACAAGUACCUAGAUAUGGGUUUGAAUAGUACAUCGCUAUUUAUGAUGAUAAUGUCGUAUGGUGUAAUAAUCUACAAAGUUCGAGAAAGCGGCAGGGCUAUGGCGAAGUAUCAACUGACAAUUAGAACAAGACAACAACAUGCGCUGAUGUCGGGAGUAUCGUUAUCGUGUCAAAUGAACGGUUGUACGAGAAUGUCCUCAGUUCGACCACCACGUAGUCAAGUUAGCAAAAAAGAAAUGAGAUUAUUUAUUCAGUUCUUUGUUGUAUCGCUCGUAUUUCUGCUGACGUGGACUACAUGGCAAUGGCUUCCGCAUAUGUCGAGCUCGAAAUGGGCAUAUUUUGUGAUGACGUCAUUAUUCUUUGUCAAUAAUUCGGUAAAUCCUACGGUAUACUUACUGUUCAACACGCAACUUCGACGAGAACUGCACUACCUGCUAUGCCGACAUCACGCCAUCUCAUCUGUUCAGAAUAAACAUCGCCGGAGUUUAUUCGGAAAACAUGGAGGAAAUCCGGUUGAUAUCAAAACAAAGACAACAACUGCUGGUGAGGAGGCCACCCGAUCACUUGAUCCUGCCCAUUCGCUUUCCUCCCAUACGACCUCAGAUGAUCAGACGAAACCCCACUUACUAAUACAAGAGAUCCUCUAUGUGUGAAUGUGAAUGGCGACUUCAUGGACAAGGGCACGAUUAGCGCUGUUUAGCAGCAAUGGAUCACAAUCGACUCCGCAAUCCGCGUCGCAUUUAUUUCGCCUUAGACAAAUUUAUUGUCUUUUUGGGGUCUUAUCUCUCCUACAAUCAGCAGGAGAUAGGAGGAUUUAUUUCUCAACGGGAAGAAUGAUGUGCAGUACUUAAGCUGUUGUUAUAUUACUGUAGCAAUUGUUUCCAUCUGCAUGUGACUGCUGGUUAAUAGGGUGGGGAUGUUUGAAGAAAGGCAA